GAAGUUGAGGCGGUCAAUACGCAAACUCUCCGUCGCGAUGCGCAUAGUGCGUUGCGCCUUCGGGGGACUGCGACAUUUCGUCGCCCGGCCGCUGGCGGCUGCCGCCUUUCCGCGGAAGUUUAGCGCCGAAGGUUCGGAGCCGGUGCUGUCGCAGCUGGCCAGGGUUGUGUCCAAAGAGGGCACCGGAGCCAUACAGCAGCUGGCGGCUCACCCCGACGCCGCCGAGCUGCGCAGGGACCAGCUGAGGCGCUUGUCCGCAGAAGCGGAGAAGGACUCCGCGAAAGCAGAGGAGGCGAUUCGCGAGGCCGAAAAGGCCAUGGAGGAGGAGCACUUCUUAGUGCGCCUGGCAGGCAUUCAUGCCAUUGCGCGGGUGUCACCUGUGGGCACGGAGCUUUGGCACAAAGUGGCGGAGCUAUCGGACGAUCCAGAGGAGCUGGUGCGGGUGGCGGUGCCGCGCGCUAUCGGCCGAAUGGCGGAGCCAGGAGAUGCUGAAGCUCUGGAAUUUCUGGACAGGAUGCAGCAGGAGACCAAGGAUCGGAGCGUGCGCUACGCCGCGCGGGACGCCGCGAAUCGCCUGCGCGGCAGCUUUGGCGCACUGGGCGGCGGGUCUGCUGCGGCCAUGCUGGGCUGAGCCGAAGCGAUCCCCAUGAAGGUUCCAUACUUGGGCGUUUGGUUCGCCAAGGUCCCCCAGCUGGGUGCCCUUUACCGUUUCUUUGUUGGGG